CAGAGCAACCUUUUGAAAGUCUCUUUUUUGUCACACUUUGAGAAGAAAACUUGGUUGUAACUCAGUCUCAAGCUGCAUUGUACUGAGACAAAGUGAAAAAAUGUCUGCUAAAUCAUCCAAAGGAAGAAAAAAAUCUCUUUUAACCACGAGGUCUUCAAGUCCUACUCCGACCGCGGCCUCCACUGAAAAAAGUCCCCGGGGAGAAGCAGACUCAGCUGCGGCCGCAUCUACGACGGACACAGAGUCUUUUCACAGUGAGCUUCUGUCCUCCCUGCGCAAACAUUUGAUAGAGACUCUGAAGAUUGAGGUCCGGGCUGUGUUGGAGAGUGAAAUGGCAGUCAUUAGAGCCGACAUUACUGCAGCCAGGUCCGAGCUAAAGGAAUACAGAGAGUCCAUUACAUCCGAGCUGUCUACGUUGAGUGUCACGGUAAAAGAUGUCCAGCAGCUGUUGGUGAGUAAAGAAGAGCUUCCACCUGAGCAGCAGGAGUGGAGCCACAUUCUGGACCAGGAGGACACUAAGCCCCAACACAUUAAAGAAGAACGUGAGGAACUGUGGAUCAGUCAGGAGGAAGAACAGCUUCAAGGACUGAAGGAGGCUGAUACCACCAAGUUCCCCUUCACUCCUGUCUCUGUGAAGAGUGAAGAUGAUGAAGAGAAACCUCAGUCCUCACAGCUUCAUCAGAGACAAACUGAACAGAUGGAAACAGGAGUUGAUGGAGAGGACUGUGGAGGAGCAGAACCAGAGAGGGACUCAGAUCCAGAGAGAUGUUUACAAUCAGAGACUGAGGUCAAGACUGGAGACUCUGAUGAACCUGAGACUGAUGACAGUAAUGAUUGGCAAGAGACAAGAGGAGAUCUGUCAGAAUUAAACUUGAAAAAUAAGAAACUAAAAACUGGUAAGAGACCACAUAGCUGCUCGGAGUGCGGUAAAAGAUUUAACCGAAAAGGGAUUCUGACCAGACACAUGAUUAUUCACACUGGAGAGAAACCAUUCAGCUGCCCGGCUUGCAGUAGAAGCUUUACCCAAAGAGAACAUCUGGCCACACACAUGUUAGUUCACACUGGAGAGAAACCCUUCAGCUGCUCUGUUUGCCGUAAAGGUUUUACCCAAAGAGGAAGUCUGGCCAAACACAUGUUAGUUCACACAGGAGAAAAACCAUUCAGCUGCUCUGAGUGUGGUAUAAUGUGUAGUUCUAAGGGAAAUCUGACUAGACAUAUGAUGAUUCACACUGGAGAGAAAGCAAUAAGCUGCUCUCAGUGUGAGAAAAGAUUUACCCAUAGGUCUAGUUUGACAUAUCACAUGGCAAUUCACAGAGGGGAGAAACCCUUCAGUUGCUCUGUUUGCAGUAAAAGUUUUCUCCAAAGAGGAAAUCUGACCAGACACAUGUUAGUUCAUAAAGGAGAGAAACCCUUCAGCUGCUCUGAGUGUGGUAAAAGGUUUAAUUCUAAGAGAAAUUUGACCAGACACAUGAUGAUUCACACUGGAGAGAAAUGCUAAUCCUGUGCAAUGGUAAAAGUGAUCCAAAGGAAUCAAAGUUAACAACAUCACUAAUGUGUAUUCAUAAGUAUAUAUUGACUAACAGAUGUAUAAUUGCUGUUAUAAAGGGACAUAAGACUAUUCUAUUGACAGAAAUCUGUCUCUACUUUUUUGACAUUUAUGUUUUGUUGAUGACAUAUGAACCAGUAAGUUGGGAGGAGCUAUGAUGUUUGAAUUUAAAGGGUUUAUAUGAAACAGUUACAGAUCCUUCUCUCCUGAUAUCUUCUUUCUGUCACUCUGUUUCCUUUGAGGCCUCUGUGUUGGGUAGCACAAGUUCUUCAGGCAGCUCAUGUGUAACCUUGUAAUAAAUAAACUGAUGUAGAGUGAGAAA